AUGAAAAAGACUCUCGACAUCCGAGAAAUAAAAAAUCAGUUUGACAAGAACUGCGGCCGGAUCUCUAUUCACAAGCCCAUUGGCAGAACUUUGUCACCUCAAGCAAUAUUGCUGGGCCUCAAAGGAUUGAAGAACAUUGGCAACGCAUGUUUCAUAAACAGUGUCAAUCAAUGCUUAUCAAUCACCAAACGGCUGCCGGAGCUCAUCUUGAAUGAUGACUAUAUGUCAUUUAUAAACACCACCAGAGCCAGCAUGAAAGGGGAAUUAUUCACUGAGUUCGCGAAGGUGAUAAAGGAGCUGUGGUGGUCCGAGGACUCUUCGGAUAGCAUCAUUAACGCAACGUUUUGCACCUUGCUUCAUCGGAUCUGCCCAGCAGGACGCACAUGA